AUGCUUAUGUUAUCAAUAUUGAACUUUUAUAUUCAAUUUACGCAGCAAUUGAAAAUUGUUAGGCAACAGGAAUCGAUGGUAAUAAAAAAAAUAAGAGUUACGCCUAACGAUGCAUCAAAUGAUGAUCCAAAUUUUGCAUGGAGCAGGAAUCUGUAUGAAAACUUGGAGGUCUUAUCGUUCUAUGAUAUGUACUCACACAAGAUCCUUGAGAUGAUCUAUACUAUAUUAAAUGAAUCUCGUGCUGCCGAACAAUUACAAAAUUGCAAUUCAGGCUCUUGCAAAUUUGUUAAUUUCGUACGUAAAAAUUACUCGCUAAUGCCGGCGUACAUGCGAUGCUUAAAUACCGAACAAAUUGCGUACUAUGUGUGUCUCACAGAUAAAUAUAUGGUAUUGGAUCUUUCAAGGUUGGCAGCAACCUUAGGAGGUGCACUAGAAUUUCUUGCCCCCUUCGCUGCACAUAUCGUUGAUUAUGUCCAUCCGAAGAUGAAAAUCCCAGAGUUGUCAGAAAAGUUGAUCACCCUGAAUUUUAUUGAUGAUCGUAUAAUUUGUUAUCCUGCUUCAAACUUUUAUGAUACGUUUAAAACUCAUUUGUACAGAAUAAGGCAAAAUAUAUUGAGUAUAAGAUGCGUAUUGGAUGGUGUUAUGAGGACGUUGAAUGAAUAUGUUGAUAUACCUGCGAUUUAUGAUGAUGUAAUUGAAGAAAUAACAAAUUAUUUGAAUGCCAAUUACAAACAGAUGUAUGGUGAAGAUCGAGAAAAGUGUUGGGACUAG